GUAAUUGCAAGGGGACCCUGUGUUGUAGGACAGCUCUGAGAAACCCUUCACCCCGACAUACUUUACCUAUUUCUAUGAUCGUACGAUCGAUAUCUUUACAAUUAAGCCAGCCGAGAAAAAAAACUUGAAACGCUCCAUCGACAGUUUCGAAGACGACAGUUUCUUGGAGAUCAUUAUCUUAACAUUCGGUUUCAGAGCAUGACUUCUACAUACGUCUGAUUCGGCGGCAUUGAUAGACGAGAAUUCAUACUCACCCACUUGCUAAGUGACUGAGAACUUAUCUUUCUUCUAUUGUAUCCAUGUCACAGCCAUGGGAUUAUAUCGCUAAACUUGUCUGCAUCGGCGACUCUGGGACUGGAAAGUCUAGUUUGACUAUCAGGCUCUGCGAGGGCCGGUUUUCAUCCUCUCACGAUGUUACAAUUGGCGUAGAGUUCGGCUCGCGGAUCGUUUCAGUGGGCCCGCCUGCUUCGAAAGGGCUGGGAGGGGUGUUUGACAAUGCUGUUCACAGCCGUUCCCCAUCAAUUCAACCUUCGUCUCCAUCGCCCGGCACAAGUGGUUCUAAUGAGUUGGUCGCCUCUGGACUGCCUAGCCCUCCGCGCAGGGCACAAGAGUCCCAGAAAAAAAUGAAAUUAUCUCUCUGGGAUACGGCUGGUCAGGAAACGUACAAAUCCAUAACCCGCUCAUACUUCAGAGGGGCUUCUGGUGCCCUUCUGGUCUUCGACAUUACGAGACCUUCCACAUUUACAUCAUGCACACAGUGGUUGCAAGACUUGCGGCAGAUUGCGGAAGAUGGUAUUGUAGUUAUUCUGGUUGGGAAUAAAAGUGACCUCGCUGGCGAUGACUCAAGUUCACACCAAAGGGUCAGCAGGCAAGCAGCGGAAGAGUGGUGUCGUCUAAACAACAUUGCUCGCUACGUUGAAACAAGUGCAAAAUCAGGCGAAAAUGUCGAGUGUGCAUUUUUGGAAGUGGCUGAGAUGAUAUACCGGAAUAUCGAGGCUGGCAAAUACGAUCUUUAUGACCGUCGAAGUGGUGUUAAAGGUUACGGUGUCACUGGUGGAUUGAAUCCCGGUCCCCCAAAGACUGUCACUUUGGGUAUCAAUGAUGCCAUGCGCAACGGUGGAAAUGGUCUGACUGGAAACUGUUGUUGAACAGAUCCGCAAAAUAGGUGCAGAUGGAGGGAUAAUCCAUGAAGCAUGCCAAAGGGCAGUUUGCUAUUAUAUUCUGAACAGGCUUGUAUGGGCCAAUUCUCGCUGAUACCUUUGCUCGGGACGCAAAUAAUUAUUGGCUCUAAGCCUAAGGUCUUCAUUUUAAAAUGGACAAAGUUGCGU